ACCGUGAACCGGGUGAUGGGUCCCCUAAGCGAACCCCACAGGGCGACCUUCCACCCGGGCAACGCGUCGGCUCACCUCCGAAUCCAGCCACUCACCGUUGAGGACGAGGGCACGUACAAGUGCGACGUGACUUAUGUACAGGGGAAGUGCCCUUCCCUCUCCUUCACGCGCCUCCAAACGCUCGUGACGCCCAAAGAGCCUGUGAUAAAGAUGGACGGCCGGAAGCUGACCAACGGCAGCCUGUUGGGCCCGUACAUGGAAGGCACGACGGUGGUCCUGGACUGCUCUUCUUCGGGAGGCCGGCCGGCGCCGACGGUCCUCUGGAGGAACACGUCGGCCAACCUUCCGGUCAAGACGUCCGUCAUGCCGGACCUUAGGGGCAUCCACGACGUGACUUCUACAGCGCGCUUUGUGCUUUCGCGUUGGGACCUCGGUGCCAGGUUAGAGUGCGUGGUGCUCACGAAAGCCACGCCAGCUCCAGUGGUCAAGUGGGUCCAACUCGAUGUCCAUGUGCGGCCAUCGGCGCUGCGGCUACGCGGUCCCAAUCAUCCCGUAGUGGCCGGCGAGAUGGUCUCGCUGACAUGCAUCAUCGAAGGCGCCCGUCCUGCGGCCAACAUAACGUGGUACAACCGGUCCGAGCUGGUGCGGCCGCAGCCGCCGUCUACCGAAGACCUGAUGAGCGACGGCACGUACCGCACAACGAGCACCAUCGUUUUUGUGGCCGGACUCUAUGACCACCAGGCCGAGUUCUUCUGUAAAGGCACCAACGAGGUCCUGAAGAACAGGACAGAGGCGCCCCUCCUCCAGGCUGUGCGGCUUGAAGUACUCUACCCCCCGGCAGUCAAAGUGCUUCCGGCGGAAGGUGUCAACGUGACCGAGUGGCACUCGUGCAAUCUGACGUGCCAUUAUAAUGCCAAUCCCCCCAACGUGACGGAGGUCGUGUGGUACAAGAACGGCGAGAUGCUGCCUUCGCGGAAGAGCCACCGGGCGGCGCUGCAUCCGAGGACACUGCUCAACAUUCGCAACGCCAGCCGCAGCGACGCGGGCGUCUACAGCUGCCACGUGAAGAACGCCUUCGGGAGGGGAAACUCCAGCAAUGCCGUCUACAUUGACGUGUUUUAUACGCCGUUGGUCACUGUGUGGAUCAAUCCGGCGGUAGUUGCAAUGGACGACGGCCCCGUGCUGCUUCGAUGCGAGGCGGAGUCUGGCAACCCUCGCCACCUCACCAAAGUGCGCUGGUUCCGCGAGGCUGUUCUCGUCAAUGAGACCAAGGAGUCCGACGUCCUUCUCGAGAAGCUGGAGAGGAUCACCGCAGGUAACUACACCUGCCAGGCCAAGAACGACGCCGGCUGGAGCCCCGUGUCCACAUCCAAGGAGCUUCUUAUAAUGUAUCCACCGGGACCAGCGAGCAUCAUUCCAGGGGACCCCUCACCACCCCUUAAGGGCCAGAGAGUGGAGCUGACUUGUCACGUGAACGACUCCGGGCUUCCGGCCACCAACAACUUCCGCUGGGAGCACGGACUUAAUCUGCUCAACGUCACCGGGCACACGCUGGUGACGGAACCCGUGUCCACAACCACGCAAGGAAACUACUCCUGCGCCGCUGUCAACAAAGUGGGUGCGGGCUUGGCGGCGCAUUGGGUGCUUGAUGCAUUAGCUCCUCCGUCGUUCGUGCGCCCUCUGCCGGUGACCGGCGGCAGCCUGCGCAACGCGAGUGCCGUAUCGCUCGAGUGCGUGGUCGAAUGCGAUCCGCUGUGCGAGGUGAGCUGGCUACGGAACAACGACAGCCUGGCGGACUCGCCCUUCUUCCAAGUGAGCAACGCCGUCAGGCCCGAGGGUGGAGGUCACUUUCACUCGGUGGCAUCGGUGCUCUCGUGGAACAUGAGCCACCUGCCGCCAUCCUCGUUCGACUUCAACACCUUCACCUGCCAGAGCACCGGAAACGAGAUUGGUCCGCCGGUUUCCAGCAGCAUGCUCUUCCGUGUGGAAUAUCCUCCCGAGAAGCUGCAUGUGUCCGUCGUCCAGCUGGACAUGUCCGAGGGCGAGGUUCCCCGGGAGGUGACGUGCACGGCGUCGGCGCACCCGACGGCCGACUACCAGUGGCGGCUGGGCGCUCUGACGGUGUCCAGGGGACCCACGCUCUACUUCAACUCGACUGCCUCUAGAGAUAUGGCAGGCAACUACACCUGCGUCGUGAGCAAUCGACACGGCAGAGCCAUGGCCGCCACGCUAGUCACCGUGCGCCACCGGCCGCACUGCGUGAUUGUCAAAGAGCACGACGCCUCGGGCCACAUCGUGCUGACGUGCGAGGCCCAGGCAGUGCCGGCGGUGUCCCAGUUUGCCUGGCUCCGCAAUAACCGCACCGUGCAAGAGGACCACGGACCGCGGAGCACUCUCGUACUGCCCGACCGGAACCCGGACUCGUUCGGGGCCUACUCCUGCGUGGCCAGCAACGCCGUCGGACACUCUGAGCCCUGCCAGCUCAAGCUCAGCAGGCUGCCAAGUCCGGCCGGAUGGGCGCAGCUGCUGUUGAAAGAGGAGAACCUCAUCAUCAUGGCCGGAAUCGCCGGCGGCGUGGUCAUCAUCGUCGUACUACUCAUCGUUAUUGUUAGCAUCGUUGUUAUCCGAAAGCGCAUACACUCUAGCACGAAACCUCGCUUAGAGGAAAGAGAAAAUGCGAUCCGGGAGAUUGGCCUUGCUAGUCCCCAGGGAAAGCUCUCGUUAUUGACUGACAUGAAACCUGACGGUAGUCCCCUUCUCGAAGAAGACUACGACAGCGACGAUGGGCACCGGUCAGCGACGCGUCUUGUCCGGCGUGGAAUGCUGGAGCUCGGAUGAAGCCGUCCCACCAAGAGAUCCACGCCGAGACCAUCCAUCACACCACGAUAAACGGACUCUAACCUUCCAAAAGCCGGCUCUUCGCAAGCACCGCAGCUUAUUUCUUUC